AGUGCAUACAUAUGAGGGAGGCAGCGUGCGGGGGAGUCGUGGCGUAUAUAAGGCUGUGCUUGUAGCCUAGUGUCAGUCGACUCGUGCAAGGCUAUCCACACACUCAUCAUGAAGGCUCUGCUGAUGUUGGUGUUGGUGGGGGCUGCCAUCGCCCUGCCCUCCCCGCAGCCUGGACCUCAACCAGACCCACAGCUACUCUACUACCCGUUCACAUACCCCUACAGCACCUACACGUUCAAGUCUGCCACUCCCGCUGCCACCGUCCCGCUGACCUACUCGUACCCUGGGUUUGGAUACCACUAUCCCUUCAGUUACUACGGCUAUCCAUUCGGCUACUCCUUGGUGGCCCCUGCUGCAGCUCCUGCCGCAGAGAAGGCAUAAUCGACCUCUCCAGAAGUAGAGAACGGGACCUCACUAGCCUCACUUGCGGGACUUAGAGGUGUAGUUGAGCUGUCCUGUGACCACCACAACUCCAAGAGCUGCCACAUGGACGACCUUCCUUAUUCUAGGGGCAGCCAUGGUGAUGGGGCGAAGUGGGACCCCUUCCUUCAGCCAUGGUGCUGGGGCGAGGGGGGGGGGGGGCACCAGACCAUCACCCUCCACCCACCAGGGCUGCCACCACAAUCAUUAACAGUGCUACUAAUAAUCAGUGUUUAUGUUCAAUAAUAUUACAAUUACAGUGUCCUGAUACAUAUCUGGGCAGGAAUUAAUAAAGAAAAUAAACAGUAACAAUAUUUGAGGAAUUUUCGAUGUAAAAAUAAAAUUAAGUGGAAAAUUA